CUUUCCGUUUGAUAUUUUUAAGAGCUCUGUCUAUCAAUUUCACAUCACAUUACCACACAUAAAAAAUAAAUUGAAUGAAAUUUUAAAGAAUAUACCAGUAACCUCACAAAUUUCGCACUUUCAUUUCAGCCAAUUUUCAAAUUUAUUAUAUCAGUUUGAAUUUUGUCAUUAAGUAUAAAAUGGAUCAAGAAUUGGCACAAAAUUUAUUGAAUGAAGGUGGUGUUCUCCUUUUUUUGGACGUACCUACUGAAACUGAAUUUGGAAUAGAUUUUAAGUCAUGGAAUACAGCUGAAAACUUUAAAGGUAUAAAGAUGAUUCCCCCAGGCAUGCAUUAUAUAUUUUAUAGUGCUGUUAGUUCUACCGGAGAUAAAGCUCCAAGAUCUGGUUUCUUUCAUAAUUUUCGUGCUGGAGAAAUGAUAGUCAGAAAAUGGGAUGGAAAGGAAGAAAACAUGAGUAGUUGUAAUUUUUCAGAGUAUGAAAUAGCAAGUUUUAGACGGAAUAUGCCAGCUUUGGAUCCAUUUCUUGGCCCCUAUCCAUUAGAUAUUUAUAAGAAAUGGGUCACCCUCACUGAAAAUAUGACAGAUCAGUUGAUUGAUCGGCUUAUUCCUUCAUCUGGAAUUGUGAAGUCAGUUCUUGAAUUGCAGCACUGUACAAAUGCUGAAAGGCUUAGGCAAGGAUGUGUAACUAUUGAAAAUAGAAAGAGAAAAAGAAUACCAAGUACUUUGGAUGACAUGGAUCAAAUGGAGUGUAGGCUAUUGCCUCAUAUGGUAGCCACAAAAGGCUUUGAAUGGAGAUUCACACAAUUACCUGAGCGGCAUUACCCUGAAGGAUCCACACCAUCGGAAAUCACACAACAUUCUUUAGAUGCCACUUAUGUUUUUGACACUAUGAUGUCCAACUAUAAAGAGGCUAGUGAAAUAAUCGGUGAGAUAGAAUUCUGUUUUAUCUGUUUCUUGAUUGGGCAUAGCUUAGAAGCCUUUGAACAGUGGAAAAAAUUAUUAAAUUUGUUUUGUUCUUGUGGACGUGCCAUAACAAAGUAUAGAAAAAUUUAUAAUUCCCUAUUGACAGUUCUGGAAUUACAAGUAUGUGAAAUACCCCAAGAGUUUCUUGCUGAUAUCGUUACAAAUAACAAUUUUUUUUAUGCAAAAAUGAGAGACUUGUUUAGGAAUAUUGUGUUUGCUGGUGUAGACAGCGAACUUCAAUGUAAGGCAAAUAGGUUUAAAGAGUUUUUGACCUCAAAAUUUGGUUGGAAAUUUCUACAUUUGGAUCUGGAGGAUGAAGAUGAAGCUCCAGUUGUAGUGGAGAUGGAAUGAUGCUUUUUGGAUUCAUGUCGAAUGGUUGCAUUCCAGGUCAGAGAAUUGGCUAUGAUUACUGCCCAGUGUAGAAAUGAACAAAUUGAUCUCAAAUUCAAGAAUGCUUGAGCCUAUAUUUAGAAUUUCAAGGAACAAAAAAUUUUAUUCACUAAUUUUUGUAUAUAACUGGCAUCUUAUUUGAAAAUUUCUAUAAAAUAUCCUUUCUAUAAUUUAUUGAUUGUAAUUCGUUAUAAAUAAUAUAUUGUGGUUGAUGUUUCA